AUGAACACAAACCCUGAGGGACGGCUGCCACAAGAUCCUGCAGCUGUACCACCUACUGUCAUCUCGGUGCUGCAAGAAAAACCAGAGCUGUCUGGAGUUUCGGUUGGCCUCAGAAUCCCGCCAAUUUGGAGAGACAAACUCAGAGGAUGGUUCGCGCACUUCGAAGCCAUAAUGAAAUCACAGAAGAAAGGCGAUCAAGCAAUGUACGAACUAGUACUAGGCCAGCUGGAGCGACAAGACGUCGACGAAAUAUACGACAUUUUGCUACGUCCGCCAGAGGAAAACAAAUACAACGCCAUCAAACAACGCUUACUGCAAGUUUAUGAAGAUUCCGAGCAAAAAAACGUGCAACGUGUCAUCGCCGGUAUGGAGCUCGGCGAUUUGAAACCAUCGCAGCUGCUACGAAGAAUGCAAAACCUCGCUGGUGAUCACCUGUCUGCAGUCACGCUUCGUGCAAUGUGGCUCAAUCAACUGCCAGCCUAUGUGAGUUCGAUCAUUGCUAUCAGCGAAAACACCAGCCUCAGUGAAAUUGCAUUAAUGGCCGAUAAAAUGAUGGACCUACACACACAGCGAGAGAUAUCAGCCAUUAAUCAUCGUCAACAUCUACCCCCUGCUGCGCAACAACAAGAAGUUUUCGCCAUCGACCGUCCGCACUCAUCAUCUUCAAGAUACAACGCGUUAGAAGACAAGAUCGACAAGCUUACAGAAGCUAUUACGCAACUAGUGACGCACAAUAACCAACGAGGACGUUCGCCCUAUCGAAACUGGAGACAGAAUCGGCAAACAUCUCGAUCGAACAGCCGUAACCGAAGCCAGACGCCCAGCAACUCGCCGUACUGCUACUAUCAUCGCAAGUUUGGCCACAACGCAAGAAAAUGUGCAGACAAUUGUACAUUCAUGAAGAAAAAUUUGCCGGAAAACUAG